UGUAUCAGAGCUCAUACAAGCACGGCGUCCUGACAGUAAACAAACGGCUUGGGAACUCUAUGACCUAUAUAUAAAAACAUCUUUACUUAGCAUCGACGUUUUAAAUCCACAUCCCCGGGAAUGUCUAUCAACGACCAUAAAGGGACGGGCGUGGCAGCCAUGGUAGCUGUGCUCGUGUUUGUCAUUGGAAUUUUGAUCGGUUUCUUCUCAAAGACAUUCUACGGGCCAGACUUGGGCACAUGCCCGGGUGCUGGGCUGCAGCAGCUGACGAGGGAGGCAGACCCCGGCAUCACCGAUACUCUCCUGGCCUUCAUCGACGCACAGCAGAUGGACAGAGUGUACAGAGAGCUGACAUCCAAACCGAGGCUUGCUGGAACUGACAGUCAGCAGGAAAGCGCAGACUACGUGCACAAUCUAUUUCAAGAGUACGGUCUGACGUCACAGAUAGACACUUAUGACGUGUUUUUGUCGUACCCAGUGAAGGGACACAACAACUACGCUGCAAUUACAAGUGAAAGUGGAGCUGUUGAGUACCGUACCCUGUCAUUAGAGGAGUUGACGCGGGAUGAUACGAGACAUCCGGACGAAAUACAGGCCUUUAAUGCCUUUUCUCCAAGCGGUGACGUCACAGCCGAGUUGGUGUACGCUAAUUAUGGAAGAGCGGAGGAUUUUGAUAAACUCCGGGAACUUGGCAUCAGUUGUUCCGGUAAAAUAGUCAUCGCCAAAUACGGCAAAAUCUUCCGGGGAAAUAAGGUUCUGUUUGCCCAUCAAGCUGGGUGUGUAGGAGUGAUACUGUACUCGGACCCGGCCGACUACGGUCCACCGCCUUCUAACUCCACUUCCGGUAUGACUUACCCAUAUCCGGACACAUGGUGGCUACCGGACACCGGGAUGCAAAGGGGCAAUAUCAUAUUGACCAAAGGUGACCAGGCCACACCAGGAUAUCCUGCCCUAUGGUACACGCAAAGAUUAUCGGACGAGGAAGUGGAGAGGAAACUUCCUAGUAUUCCAUGUCAUCCAAUUGGAUAUCGAGAUGCAUAUAAUAUCUUGAGGGAGAUGGAAGGAGAGGAGGUUUUACCGGAAUGGCGAGGGAAUCUUAACAUCACGUACAGGUUCGGCCCUACGUUACGGAAUAACAGGAAAAUCAGACUUGUGGUCAAAAAUGAGAAUCGAACAGUUCCAAUACACAAUGUUAUCGGCAAGAUCACUGGUGAAAUUGAACCAGAUCGUUACGUCAUAUUUGGUAACCAUAGAGACGCUUGGGUCUAUGGAGGAACCGACCCAGCUUCCGGUGGGAUAGUUAUGAUUGAAAUAGCCCGGAUAUUUGGAAAAUUACUAGAAACAGGUUGGCGUCCAAGACGAACUCUUUUGUUUUGUAGUUGGGACGCAGAAGAAUAUGGACUGGUCGGUUCCUACGAAUGGGUGGAGGAUAAUAUGAAAUGGCUGACGUCAAAUGCCGUGGCCUACCUCAAUCUCGAUUCUGCUAUAACUGGUACCAGACCCUCACGUUUCCGGUCAGUCCUUUGGCAAGAGCCCAACUUCACUGAUGUUUCACCUGCUUUGCCAAAUACAAUUUCUUUCACCGAUUUAUUCGACGGAGAAAAUAUGCCGAGAGGCGUAAAAACAGCCACCUCAUGCAGUGGCCGGCCAAUGCCAGAGACACGCAAGGUCGGUUCAGGAAGUGACCACACGCCUUUCGUAGCCAAUGCCGGAGUUCCGGCCCUUUAUGCGAAAUUCGCUUUCACGGAUGACUGGAAAUCGACAUCAACACCACUGUAUCACACAAGAUACGAAACUACUAGUCUGUUAUUGAUGAUAGACCCCGGAUAUAAACUUUCCGGUGCCAUAGCGGGAAUUCUUGCAGAGACGGGCAGACGACUCACAGAUUCACUUGUACUUCCGCUAGGAGUAAGAGACUACGCCGAGGAUCUAAGGACGUCGGUGAAUUCGUUAAAUGAAUCUGUGUCUGGAAUCGUGGAAGAGAAAUAUAUAAAGGGUGUCCUGAAGGGCACCGAAGCACUGUUUGAGGCUGUUGACAAGUUUGAAAAGGCAAAGGAAAGCCUUGACAAGCAGAACCCUAUAGAGAUCAGAAACCUCAACGACAAAAUGAUGGCAGUAGAGAGGGCAUUUCUUGAUGUUAAUGGAAUCCCUUACCGUCAAAAUUACAAGCACCUUCUGCAUACGCCAAGCGCUACGAACCAUUAUGGCGGUCAAGGUUUUCCAGGGGCGGAGGAUCUCUUGUUCCGGUGGAAACACAACAGCACCAGAUCUGCCGUUAGGGAGCUUGAGGGACAUCUAUCCGUCAUUGCUUACGCCCUGUUCUCUGCGGCCAAAGUCCUCAUUCAUUAAUCAUCAUCUUCAAUUAAGGAACCUCAGAUCAAUAGAAGUGAUUUGUUGUUGUUGUUGUUGUUGUUUGUUUGUUUUGAUGUGGAUUUACAUGAGGAUUUCAUCCCGACAACAUUUGCUCAAGAGAUCAAUCACUAUGGAAACGCGCUAAACCGAUAUUGUGGUUUACGGUAAAAUAGUCGAAUUAAGUUUUUUUGCCGGAUUGAUGAAAUAUGCCAACGCAGUGAAAGUUGCUAAAGCAAACGUCUGUCAAUAAGGAUUUUCUUGAAAAUAAUUAUUCCCGGAGUCUCUGAGGUUUUCAUCAGCAUCGCACGAGGCGUUCUGAUUACUUAACCAAAUAUGAAUACGGGUUCACCUUCUUUGAAAUUUCCCUUGGUUCGAGAAAUUAUCGGUCAACGAGACUGAAGUUCGUCACGCGAGGCAGAUGUCAACCUCCUGAACAUAACAAAAAACUAGCAGUAUGACGGAGGAAAACUUUAAAACAUUGGAAUGACGUGUGUUUAUCGAAGAAAAGAGAAUGCAUUUUAACUAGAUAAAGGAGGUUUUUAGAAAAGUAAAAUGUCCAUCUUUCCAACGGUUCCCAGUAAUUUCAUCCAUCUCUUUAGAGAUGCGAGGAAGUGAGAACGUGAAGUUCAGUUGAUGUUUUGAUAUUGUGACCUUUAUACCAUCAUUAUGGUAACAAUUUUCCGAGCGUUCCUCUGAACCCCUAAAACAUCUUAUAUUAUACAUUUAUUAUGCCGAAAACAAACAAAAACAAUAACACAAUAGGACAGAUGAUUAGGUUGACGCGCCCUCGUUGUCGUCUGCUUCCGGUAUUCGGAACGAGGUUGUGGUGGCUCUUGCCCAAUUUACCAGAGAGUCUUCGAAUAAGGGAAAUAUGAUCGGAGAAACUUGAGCGCGUGAUGGCAGGAUGGUGUUUUAUUGCCCUGUCAUGUGAUCAGUAUUAUCUUAUAAGACACGUUGUUUGAAAGAUGAGGUAAUAGUACUCUUAACACAUUCUGAAAGGUCAAAACAUGCUAUUUGUAACAAAGUCACAUAUCUCUGUUACCGGUAUGGCGUGUAAGACUACCGGUAUGACGUGUAAGGUUACCGCUAUAUUGUGUAAGGCAACCGGUAUGACGUGUAAGGUAACCGGUAUGAAUUGUAAGGUUACCGGUAUGACGUGUACGGCUAUCGGUAUGACAUGUAAGGCUAUCGGUAGUACAUGUAAGGUUACCGCUAUGACAUGUAAGGUAACCGGUAUGACGAGUAAGGAUACUGGUAUGACGUGAACGGUUACCGGACACCAUUGUUAUAUUACCGGUUUUACAUGUUAGGUUACCAGUAUGACGUGCAAUAUUACCGGUAUGACGUGUAAGGUAACCAGUAUGACGUGAAAUAUUACCGGUAUGGCGUGUAAGGUUACUGGCGUGGCAUGAUCUAUUACUGGUAUGACGUACUAAGUGAGCGGGUUAAUAAGGUUAUUGGUAUGAUGUGAAAUGUUACCGUUAUGCCGUGUAAGGUUACAGGUAUGACAUAUAAUGUAACCGGUACAACAUGUGAGAUUACCGGUAUGACAUAUAAUGUAACCGGUACAAGAUGUGAGAUUACCGGUAUGACGUGUAAUGUUACCGUUAUGACGGGUAAGAUUAC